ACUGUAUUUGUGAGCUUCUCUUUUCAAGGGAUUGGAAAUAGGACUUACUAAGAGUGGAAUUUUUUAAUAAUCCUUUUCUAAUAAAAUUUUUGUUUUGUAGGCACCGCCUCCCUAAGCAUCAAUGGUGGUUGAAAUUGCGACCUUUGUUGCGUAUUUUGGCAAAGCAUGAUUCAACAUAUGAAGAAGAGGGCAUGUAUGUUUCUGUUGAAGAAGCUGAAGUUAGUGAAGGAUUUUGAGUAUGAACCUUAUACUAUAUUCUUAGAAAUGUUAAUCCAGAUAGAUGUACCUCAAUACUAGAGACAAUAAUAUGGAAGGGCAAUAUUACCAUUCUUGAAAACAAGCAGAGGUGAUAACAUUAGGUUUCAAAUCCUUUUCAAAAUUUUUUGCUCCUGAGAUAUUCUCAAUUUGUUAUUCUGUCAUUCAAAGAGCACUGCCUGUGGCUUCUUUUUACAAAUAACUAUGUAGUUUUUUAUAGUUUAUUUUAAUGUAUUAGUUGAUAUUGUUAUUCAAUUUUAUUGUUAUGGUCAUUUAAUAUGUGAUGACUUUUUAAUGUAUUUUGGCUAAAGAUUGGCCAGAAUGUUACCUAAUUUUAUAGAAAUAAUGUGAAUAUAUUUUGCUAUUAUCUUGAAAGAAUUAACAGUAGUUCCUUUGCAUUGUGAUGUAUAUUGUGUGUAAAAUAUCUUGAACUUUUUCGUCAAUAAGUGUUUCUGUAAGGUAGUGUAACUAUUUAUUUUUUCAAUUAUAUUACUAUAUAAAAUGCUAUUAUUGUAACUUUUGCUCUUGAAUAAAAAAAUUAAAGGAUGCCCAUCUUUCAAAAAAGUGAGGAGGAAAUGAAGCAGUAUGCUUGCUUCAAUGUUUUUAUUACAAAUUAAUUUACAUUUUUAAGAUACAUUUUCUUGGAAUGUAUUUAUUUAUUUAUAAGAAUUCCUAGAAAGAUAUCAAAAACAAGAUGGUCAGUUUAUGCUGUUGGUCAAGAAUGAAUAUUGCAAGAUCUGUGUACUCUGUAAUAUUCUUGAGAUAUUAAUAAGGAGAUGCAAUUAUAAAUUAGUUAGCAAAUGAUAGUAGUUUAUGAUCUAUAUAUUUUUUUGAAUUAAUUUAUUAAUGUGAAAAUAAUCUACUAAUUUUGUGUCUGUUUUUGACAUUCCCGUUUACCAGAGUAAUCAGUACUGGUACACAGACAUUUUUUGAACGUUUUAUGCUUUGUCAAUUAAAUAUUCUCUUUAUUGUGAAAAGGAUAAUUGAUCUGUGUGUUUCAUAUCAUCAAGAUAUACAGAUUAAAAUAAUUGUGUUCAUUGAAAUGUGUUCAACCACUUUAUUUUUGAGAAGAAAAAUGUUUUUUUUAUUACGGUUGAUGUGCUCAAUUAGAAAUAUUUGAUUAUUUAUCUGAAGAUAUAUUGUUGGUACACAAAAAAGUAAUGCUUCUCAAAAACCAUCAUUUUUUAGUUGAAUGAAAUAUUUUUGGAAAAUAACACAUUUUUUUAUAGUAAAAUUUUCGUUCACAAGACAAAUGGUAUAUAGAGAAGAACUCACUAUGUUAGGCCACAGAGUUGAUGACCCCCACAUAAAACCAGUGCAAACACAAAGACAAUUUUUUGAAUGCGUCACGUUUCUUGUCCAUUGACAAUAUUUUGUUGAGUAUGAAAUAUGGAAGCUAUUUUCUCAACAGAUUUUAAUCCAUUGUUUUUUGAAACAGAGAUCCAUGCAAGUCAAUUUUAUUUAGGGAGAAACUUGUUGGGAGCUUUAUGGCAUAUGACAAGGCUUGCGGAAAGUUACACAAAUUUUUAAAUUUAAAUAAUUUUUAAAACAUUUGAAAAUAAGCCUGGGUAUUGCAGUGAUUUCGGUGGGUUGCCCGAUGUUUGGAAAUGCCAAUGAACUUUCAUGUAUGUAAUUGUAAUAUUUCUCAGAAAAAAAAAAUCAUUUUCGUUAUAACCGGAUUAGAAUGCCCGGUUGCCGGUAUAAUAGAGGUUGGCUACCGUGGCAGAUGCACCUCUAGCGGUGUGAUUAGAAACUACAAUUGUUUAUUGACGCCACUGCACGCGCGUAGAGUUACUAUUGUAUGAGUGUGUGGUUAAUUUAAUAAGUGCCUCGAUGUUUCAGAAAUAUCGCGUCAAGUGUAGAAUUUGUGGUCGUGUUGGGAAGCGAUUUGUUUGUGUAUUUGAGGGCACAGAAAAAAAAACGUGUGAAUUAAUUUUUAAUUGUCUCGGGCUUGAAGUUAGUGUAAAACAGUAUAGUAUUAGUAAUUUGUUGUGAUCUGUAUGCUGUGUGUAGUUACAUUCAUUAUGUAUACUUUGCUUUAAUUAGUUUGUAUUUGAGCACGAAAUAUAUUGGUUUUCUCAGUGUUAUAUUAUUUUUCUUUUUUACCUGUCACAUCCUAUGUUCCUAUGAGUGAAUGCACUUUCUUCUGUACGUUUGGACCUGUUCUGUUUUUUUGUCUGCUUACCGUAGUUCUGUGCUACUGCAAUGCAUUUUUGUUAUUGACUUGUGUUGUCGUCUUUGUGAAAUAAGCCGAUCUGCAUGUCACCGACAAACGGUGAGCACGACAUUGUUUCUAGAUAAGACGAGGCGACGGUUUACCCGACAGAGUGUGCGAUGGGUGUAUGAAGCAAGUGUAUUUGUGGAAGGAAUUCCGGGCAAAAUGUAUGCAAACUCAAAAGAAACUUCUGCGCGAGAAGGAGAAACAGGUGGGCACAGAAGCUGGCUCGAUUCUGGGAGGAAACAUUCGAAAAUCAAAAAAGUUACCGCUUGGUGAUGCAUCCCAUACUGAUAGUGGUGCAACUGCUCCCUCAUUUGUUACCGCCAACGUGAAAGAGCGGCAUGGUGUCAAGAUUCGAAAGGUGCCGGUGACGGCUGUCAAGAGGCAACUGGCAUCAAAGAAGAGUCGGUCCAUAAUUGUCAAGAAUAAUGUUACAGCUCCGACGCCACCUCAUGUUGUAACUGGUGGUGGAGAACAAGAAGAAAGUGCACCCUGCAAGGCAGCGGUCGAGACAACGGCAGCAAUGGCGGAGGCGAAGGCGGCGGCGGGCAGGGACGAGGGGGAGGCCGGCGCGGAGGCUCAGGCGCCGGGUGAGGCGGUGAGCGUCUGCUGCGGAAGGCGCUUCCGCGAUGCGACGGCGCUCCAGCGGCAUGAGGAAACCCACCACACCGAACAUCGCUGCCCCGUAUGCAGCAAGCUAUUCAAGAACAAGUUCUCUCUCAGGAGCCACGCGUUCGUGCACGCGGAGCGGCGCCACUUCUGCUGCCACGUGUGCGGGCUGCUGUUCCGCACGGCGUCGUGCCUGUGCAACCACGUGCGCUCGCAGCACAGCGGUCCGCGGCGCGCCUUCGAGUGCCCGCACUGCAGCAAGCUGUUCGGCCAGCGCUUCCACCUCGCGCUGCAUAUGCGCUCGCACACCGGGGAGCGGCCGUUCGCGUGCGGCGAGUGCCCCCAGCGCUUCGCGUCGCGCUGCCAGCUGACGCGGCACGAGCGCGGCCGCCACCGGCGCGACGCCCGCUUCGUCUGCGCCCACUGCGACGCCCGCUUCCGCUACAGCAGCAACUACAAAGGUUGUUCGGUGUGCGGCAAGCGCUUCGCCGACUGCAGCAAUCGCAAGCGACACAUGGCCAUGCACGAGGCGGGCCCGCGGCCUCCGCGCGCCUCCCGCGCCCGCAAGGGGAGAGGUUCCAAACGACAAGACCCCGAACCAUACAGACAAUACCGCCCGCCGACGACGAACAGCUCCUCAUCCAGCUUCGCGCCUUCCUGCAUCGUCCGAGGUGGGGCGGGGCUGGCCUACCACGAAGCGCCCACCACGCCGCAAUCGUCUGCGUCUGGCGACAACGCGCCAGCAGCCAGCAGACAAUUGCCAAGCCACAGGACUGCGCACCACACGUCGGAGAUGGUGACACUGCUUACCACUGGGGAUGGAGGCGUCCAGCAGGUGAGAACAUUCCAAGCAUGUGCUGUUGCUGCCGGCGGGGCUUUGGGAGGCACUGGAUUCGGAGACCGCCGCCCCUCCCUCUGCCCCCACCCCUUACCGCCGCCCCCGCGUCCGCCCCCGCCCCCACUCCAACCCCCCACCCCAACAGUUCCUCCACCUCAGCUCUCCUUGACAAAGAAAGCCAUCGUCCGCAUGCUCAACAGCCAGGGGCACCACCAUCGCUUGAGCACACCACGUGCCCAUCGUGAAGAAGCUUCUUAAUAUUGGGACUGUAUAAGUGCUAAUGCUUUCUUGAUUCACCAACACAAAUGACCGAUGUAUAAGGUGAAAUUCUGUGAUGAAGAAAAGGUAAGUUUGGUAAUUAAGUCCUAAUCCACACCAAUACGAGCGGUUGGG